AUGUAACGAGAAUGCCGAGCCUCAUUAGGACUAGGGCGCUGCCAUGGUACCACUUGGCCUUGAAGAGCAGCGCUCCGCCGUCUCCCAAGAGCGUGAAUUCGUGGGUUCUUGAGAUGCCUCCUCGUCACAGAUUCGGCUGCUGUGAUCCGUAACUACUCACGCAUGCCUGUAGCGAACCGGUAACUCCACAUGCAGGUUUCUAUUGAUUUCAUUGGCUGUUUUUGUCAACACCAGCGUUCCGGCAUUCUGGACGUAUAAACAAGGUCUCUCCGCAUUUGCGGAUUCGCUUUUGCUCUCUGUAGCACUGCUGCCGCACGCUUGUGUGCUUUGAUCGUCGACAUGGUCCAACCCAUUGCUGUUAUCCGAGAAACAUGGAACAUUUACACGCCUCUAGAGCGCCGCAACAUUGCCAUUUACAUUGCUGGCAUUAUGAUGUACAAGUUUGGGCUCGAGGCGUUCAACGGAUCAGUCAUCGCACUCGCCACGAAUCGAUACGACGAACUGGAGAAGACGACGCACAUUUCCAUCACAUUUCAACGCGUCGGUGUUUUGACAGGGCUGAACCAGGCAUUUCAGUGCAUAGGAUCCAUCCUGAUUGCACCUCUGAUCAAGCGGUAUCCGACCAAGAACGUGCUAGCUUGCGCAGUGCUCGUGUUUGGGUUCAUGAGCAGUCUCUUGUUGAUACUCGAUGCUGCAACUGGUGGUAAAUUUAUGCCACGCGGAUGGCCCAAAGAUGACUUCAGCUACUACGGCGACUACGAUACGGACACGAUGAUACCCAUCUAUUGCGUCUGUGGCAUAGUCUACGGUAUGGUUGAACUGAUCCGACGCGUUAUACCUCGAGAUCUCGUGGGUGGUAACAUUCAGAAGCUCCGCCGAAUGGACUCGUUGGUGCACAUCUUCUACGAGACGAGUGGAACGGCAGGUGCUUUUUGCACGGCACUUGCCCUCAUCCCCCGCCUCGGGAACAACUUUAGCUUUGUCAUCACGCCCAUCUUCUUCGCUACUGCAUCGAUUCUCUGGUACUUUAUCCACGAGGAGAGCAUGCCAAGGGAAGUCCGAGCUUCUGUGACUGAGGGCGAUCCUAGCUAUGUCAAGGCUGUCAUUAGUGGUUUCUACCUCUUUUUCGAGUCUGUGGGAACGGGUGCCAAACUCAUCUUCACACAUCGCAAGUUUAUCUGGCUGCUGCCUGGAUAUGCAAUUGCACUUUACGCCCAUCGAUACCUGGAGAAUGCCAUUGCGCCUGCAGUUGCGCGGCGGUACUUUGGAAACUCGGCCUGGUCACAAAUCAUGGUGGGAGGAUCGAACUUUGGUGAGCUAUUGGGGGCGCUGUUUGUCUUCAUGUUCACAAACUUGGUGCAGACGCCGAUACCAUGGCUGCGACUAGACGCACUUGGUCUGUUGAUUGUGUGGUAUCUGCCCUACUGGCGUCCUCCGCGAAACGACGUGGCACAGGCGUGGAUUGUGGCAGCGACCUUCCUGCCCAUCAGCUUCGGAUGGGCGGCAGGUGAUGUGUCUCUGGCGGCAUAUAUCCAGGCAUCGCUUGCUCGAAUCGAGUCCAAAUCGCAGAACGUAUCGGCACUGGGGGCCGUCAUGGCAUUUCUCUACAGCACGUACAUUGUCAUGUACGCCAUUGCAUCUGCGUGCCUCGGAACAUACAUCGACCGCAUCUCGGACCGAGACAACGAUGAGAUUCACGGGGCCAUCUUGAACGUGGCGGGCGUGCAGUUCACCAUCAUAUCGGUGUUAGUUAUGGUGAGCACCUUUGUUCCCAAGGGAGCGUUCUCUUUAAAUCCCAAGUUGCUCAGUGAGGAAGCACUGGACAUGGAUAUCGAGGACGAGGACGACGAGGACGAUGGCGAGGAGGAUCUGGAGUACAUCCCUGGAGCUCGGGGCAACAGGAAGGAGAGGCAUGAUAGCCACGAAUUGGUUAGCAGGAUGAACAGCUCGACAUAGAUUUGGGAUGGCAUCAUUUGGCGUA